UAAGUAUUUCUUUUGUAUUUAUGCCCCCUACAGCCUUUUAACGCCCCUUUUCACGACCCUUUUAACGCCCCUUUUCACUGUAAUUGUACACACCUGCCUUCUGCUUUAUCCAUAAAACUGUUUUGAUUGGCUUCACCCUCUAAGUGCAGUUCGACAUGUUUUUAGGGGUCAGAAGGCCCCAUACAUUAUGGUAGUUUUGGUUUAUAAGCUGCAAUCGUAAUUCGACAAUGUGCUCAUACAAAAAACCAUUGAAAUGAAGAUCUAUCUUAAAUUUGAAUGAGACAGAAUGAAACCAAAAUUCUUUGACAGGCAUUGCCUAGGCGUAAUGAUGUUGAAUACAUACAAACUGAGACCUAAAGCGUUUGCAACAUCAAGCAAAUAUUUCAGAUAGACUAUUUAUUGUUCAACUUGAAAAGGAGGUACAAUGAAAACGUUAGACUUUGUUUUGCCCUGCUUUCUGCAAUAUUCAGAGGUCUAUUUUUUGCAGUUAUUAGGUUCAAAGCCUUGUCACUAGCGAUUUUUCCGUCAUUGACCUUUAGAAAAUCUAUAUAUUUAAGCCUUUUCAAAUGCUACCUGUCACAUUUUAUACUUCAGAGCAACACAAACUGUUCCCAAAAUCUUCAAUUAUGAUUCUUGUUUUUAUUUCUGCAGUCUUGAGCUUAUCGUCUAAAAAUAAAUUGCUAUUAUAUAAAAAUAUUUUUCUUCUGGCUUUACUAAAGGUUUUGUUUUCUUUUUUCGGAGACAUUUUCGAAAGCAGCGGUGUAGUCACGUUUCUACGCUUUUUCUGAGCACAUUUUUGGAAUUGUUCUCAGAUUUUUCAAUCGCGUGCUAAACAAAUUUCAGUGCAAGACUAGAGACUUAUUAAGGAUUUCGUGUGAAUAUUAUUUAAAGAAACGUACUUUAAAUUUUCUACUGAAUGAAAGAAAAUUCUACAUUCCUAUUCCUCAUUAAAUAUUUAUUUGUUUUGGAUUUCAAUUCCGCAUUCGUCGAUUUGUUAUUAAUGGCAUUCAGUGCCUGAAUUGCAAACUAUUGUCUGGUAGGGAAAGGCACAAGCAUUUUACAUAAUUAAUGAACAGCCUUUUCAAUCCGGGAGGGUAAAAAUUCAAAUGUUAACCAAUAGGAAGCGCCGAUUCUUCAUUUUUUAUUCCCAUUAUUUCUCCAUUUUGCUAUCGAGAUAUAAAAUAUCUUUGUAGAAUGUUGUGCUUGAAAGAUUUUACGAAUGUGAAGUUUAAUGAUCAUGUUUUGCGUUGACUUCUUCGUUAUUCCAUGUUUCGGUGUUUUUGGCAUCAAGCGUCGAUUUUGAAAACAAUAUCCCUCGUUGUGUUAAGCAUGGUUCAACUGAGGUAGCCCCCGUUUCGUAGUUUGUUACCAAGUGAGGGUUGUCUAAGCAAAGUCUCGACCACUUGCUCAAAGUGGCCAUAGUAACUGGAAAUUUAAACAUGUAAACUGAUAGAAUUUUAUCUUCAAACAUUUGAGACAAUCCCUUGUGAAGGCUGAAAUCUAGAAAGGUGAGUGUUAUCUUUCAUUUUCUGAAACGACUUAACGAUGAUUGAGAAAUAUUUGCAUAAUAUGAAGCUUCUGAAUCAAUCCUCAAACAAAGUGAAACGUUUUUCUGCCGAGGCAACAAUUACAGUAUGAGAAACUGUUAACCAGCCCAUUUUUCCUUGUGGACUUUAAGUCGAUUCGGUAGAAGAGCUUUGGAAAAAGUGUGUUAAGCUUCUGCCAUAUGCAACCAUCUAGUAUGUGCACUGCUUCACUCUUGACUGCCAAAUUAUAUCUCGGGAACCAAAUGUUUUAUUCCUAGGUUGAGAUAUUAAAAGUAAAACUCCUCAUUUUUAAAACGUUCCUUAUGAUGACCGUCUUGUAGCAUUGAUAUAUCGACAGAAUGAGGCAUUUUGUCUGCAUUCCAUUAUAUUGUUUAUUAUUUUCUUUAUUCUUAGAAGCCAUUUUGUUGUUGGUAAUAAUUUUGCGCGCCUGCCUUGCAGCUCUUAUAAAGUGGCACAGCACUAUGCUUGACAAAAACCCGGCUACGACGGCCUAUGCCUACUCUGUUGCCAUGAGAACGAACGAUAAAGCCAGCAACGAAGCUAGGUCGCAAGACAGCUCAAAGCUACUGGCAAAUCGACGAGCAGAUAGCCAAAAAGUUGUGACAUUCUACAAAGAAUCAGACAGUGACCAGCCAGCACUUCGAAUCAUUAUCGAUUCCAGAAAAUAUCUCAACUUGGAGACAUUGAUUGAUGAACUCAGCCGAAUCCUCAAUUUAAAAGAUCGCGAGAAGAGAAUUUACAACCAGAAUGGGCGACUGCUGCGCUCAGUCGAUGACUUCGAAGAUGGGGCAUCUUAUUUCUUCGCUUUCUCAACUGGCGAUAAAAGAUUUAUGCAAGCUCUUUCAGUCGCGGCCGAAAAAUCAGAAACUUCAAAAAAUCCUAGAGAAAUUGCUAAAGACAGAUGGAAGAAAGUUUUGAAAGAGAAAGCGAGAUUGAUAAACGUAAUAACGAACGAGAACAGUUCGAUGCCAUGGAAAGUCCUAAUCGAUGAAACGAAGCUUCAAAGUUUCUCUCAGUUGCUACAAGAAUUGAAUUACAUAAUUCAGCCCAAAGAAGGAAGAGUGUUUCGGCUGUGCACCAACAAGGGAAGAAGGGUUCGUGGUUUGUCAGAGCUUUUUCAUGGUACAGACACGUUUGUGGCGAUUGUCAGUUCAACUGGCAUGUACAAUGAGAGCCAAAGUGAAGCCUCUGGUGAUAGCGAGAGCACCAAUGGCAACCCAGGCAAAGUUCAGCUGCAUAAGCCAUCUAAGUAUGACGUCAUCACCGGCAAAGGGAGUCAGCUUGAGAGAAAGACCAUAUCGAUCAAAGGAAAGUGCUAUGUCUUUGAUCCACCAUCAAAUAAGGACGAUGAGAAUUUAAAAAGAAAGGAUUCUCUUAAGCCACCAGAGCAGAAAUUGCAGCUCAGCUGGAUAUACGGGUAUAAUGGUCAAGAUUCAAGGGACAACAUUUUCAUCUUGAAAUCAGAAGAAAUUAUGUAUUACGUUGCUUCUGUUGUCAUUAUUUAUGACAUUUACCGACAAAAACAACGAUACUAUGCAGAACACACAAUGAAGAUCACGUGGUACGAAGUUUUUUUAUAGAAGAUACGCAGAAUAGGCCUAUCAUUAUACCAAGGCCACUUGCAGGGAGAAUAUUCAUUUUCACACUGUCAUGUCAUCGAGUGAUGUGAAAUGAUAAGUUCUACGUAUGUAUGCUGACCAGUUUUCCUGCGAUACUGGUCACUCGAGUUUGCCUCGUACUGGAUACGAAAACAAGAUCAACGAAUAAGGAAAUUCCCAUUUUGACAGGAUUUUUCGACAACCCGUUGCCAAAGACAUUUGCCUAAAUUAUGCUCAAUUUUUUACCAAAGUAGCUUUUGGUACUACAAAAUUUAUAGAUAGCACAGAAAGAUGGAAAAAAAGUCUUUUGGCGUUUCCUUGCUUUCGUAAAAUUUCAAUUUUUUGCUUAUUUUAGCCAAAAAGCAUAAUAUUUUGGCAAGUAUGCCGCACCAUCAAUGUAACAUUAUAACUCCUUAUGCAAAGGUGGCUUAUGCUUAGAAUUUCUUGAUUAGAAUUAUGUGGCCUAUUGCAAAUAUAAUUUGUCUUGAUUUAUUUAUCUCUAUGGAUUAAUGUCCUUUUGCAGCAUGGCUUUGCAUCCAAAUAAUUGGUAUGUUGCCACUGGGCAGGCAGCUCCUGAAAAUUACAAUGUCGAAGUUAUUGAUCAUAUACGAAUUUGGAAUGCAGAGAUGCUGAAUACUCUCGCUGUUCUCAGCCUGGAUGAGCAGACUCUCU